CAUCCCGGGGAUAAGCACCGCCAGUACAACCAGCCACACAGCUACCACCAAUACAUCAGGUGACCCCAGAACAUCCAGUACUGUGAUUACUCGACGAGCCCCCCUGAGCCGGCACAGUACCAUCUCACCCGCAACCUCUGCACAGCUGCAGGAGAGCCUGCAUAUACUCACGCGGCAGCAGAGUAGUUGGGAGACAUCCGCGAGCGUAAAUAGGCACAUGCAGACCCAAGCAAGCCCGGAUGUACCCGGACGUGAGAAGACAGAAACGUAUAUAAUAAACACAGCAGCAGAGGACAGGUCGGUUGGACCAUCCAGAGAUACGGCCUUGAUUGAGGCUGUGGAUGCGGAUGAGGACUCUAUGGCGGGUGUGGCUAGGGAGGGCGACACAGAGAGAAGUACCAAUGCGCGGGACAGGGACAGUUCGGUACCUGCCACGCAUGUGGAGACGCGUCAUGGCAGCGAGGCGGAGAGAGGGCUGCAUGCACCUGAGACCAGCACGGGUGAGAGUGUGGGGGAGACCGCUGGUAAGGCUAGUAUUGGGGAGAAGCUUCUAAGCCGGAGCCAGGAAAAGGCGGUAAUACCUGGUGCGGGUGUUGGGGAGGAGGGGAUUGAGAUAACGGAUAGGGCAGGUGAAGGUAUAGCGGCCGAGACCAACCACACAACCAAUGAGAGUAGCACACAUGCGCCAAAGCAACCAGACCACAGCAAAAACAGCGGAGCUCAUACAGCCACGAGUACAGGUGGCGAGGUACAGGACGCACCACGUGGCCAAGAAAUUCUCAUGAACGGUGCAAUUAGAGGCACGGAUGUUGGAGGGGAGGGCGAGAAUGGCCUCCAGCGUUCUGCGGGUAAGGAUCUUAUGGCCUCUGAAGCACCCGGAAAUGCAGGUGCAGGUGCAGGUGCAGGUACAGGUGCACAUGGUUCAAAGGUACAGGAUUCAGUGCUGCACGGCGAUGAGAUAGGCGAGACUCCACAGGCGAGUAUAGCUACCACACACACAGAGGUAGAGGUGAGUGGCGCCCACUGUACACCACCGCCCGGCACACCAGCACAAGCACCGUGCAGUGACUCUAGUACUGCCCUUAGCAACGCACCACCUGGUGGGGCAGGUGAACUCAGUACAGUCACAGACACAGCAGCCACUCACAAGGGGACUGCGGCGCAGGCACCCCACAGCCCACUAGCGGGAGCUGUGCCAGAAGCCACCCGCACGGCCCUCUGGGCGAGUGGCCCGGGUGCACCGGAUGAGAAGGAGGCGUUAGGUGAAACAACCAGUACUGUUGCACCCACAGAUACACUCCAAUCGCCGGAUGCUGGUAAUGCUUUAAGGAGUGAGCAAAAUACGGGGACAGGAGUCGGCUGGGAGCCUCCCACAUCUGCGUCUGUGGACUCAAAUUUAGGACCGGUCCCGGGCGGAGUUUUGGACAAAUCAGACGCUGCGCACGUAGAUAAUCGCGAGGGCGGGGUGGGAGACCAUGUGUGUGAUGAGAGAAGGGGUCUUGACCCAAAGUCAAUGUCUGGCCGAACCAGUAGUGUAUCAACGGCGAAGGAGAAGGAUAUCUCUGGCCUAGAUGACACACAAGACAAGCCAGCGACGACAGUGAUGGGUAGUAUACGGGCGGGUAACCAUGGCAACCAAAGCCUGGCGGAGAGUAGCACUGCGUCUGUAGUUGCGGGUGGAGACGGAAGUUGUCGCCUAAGCACAGAGGGCACAGACGGCUCCAGUGAAACACUCCCAAUCAGCGAUGCGAAGGGACCAUCCGGCAGUAGUGUCCGAAUAAGCGGAACGGGUGGUGACGAAAUAGUGGACGGUAAUCUGUCAGACCUUAGAGAUGGCUUGGCGGAGGGGCUGGGACAGACACUGCCCCAAAAUGCCACAGAAGGACAGUCUUCUGGCACAGCUGCUCCGACGGUUAGCACAGGUGCGAGUGCACGGGAUGGUGCUGUCCCUUCUGCGCCCGUGGGUCCCUCCGGUCCACGGCCCAAACGCCAAGCGGACGAUACCGCGACGGAGGAAACGGGUGAGGCUACCAGUCAUACAGAUACGACAAGUGACCGUGCUACAACGAUGGCUGGUGCAGGUACUGUGACCUCUACUAUGGGCUCUACUAUGAGUUCGAAGGUGGUGGAAGGAGGGCAACCGCAGCAAGGAGACGGCGCCGAUGGCGAAGGUCAGCAUGAACAUCCGCAAGGGGAUGAGUCACCGCACGCCGUACCGGUUUCGCCGCCGCAGACGAAAGCAGUACGGCCAACCACGGAUAAUGCAAUGGAUGUAGACGAAACAAAGCCACUGGAUCUGCAGGCGAGUUUCAUAGAGACCGCGCAUGAUAAGGAGUUCGGGUCGAGUACGGCACCCCGAAUACCCUCUACUACAUGUCACGUGGUUUGCCAAAGUGCGGUACCGGGGGAGAUAAGCACGUUGUCUGAAGCAGCCGCAGCGGGUGCAAGCACGCCAAAUAAGCAAGGCACGCCAAAUAAGCAAGGCAAGGCAAAUAAGCAAGGCAAGGCAAAUAAGCAAGGCAAGGCAAAUAAGCCAACCACGCGGAAUAAGCGUGGAAGCACUGCUGCUGCGGGGAUUGAUGCGACCCCGACGAUAGAAGGGCCAGGCGGUGGGUGUGAUGGGAGUUUACAAGCACCGACCAAAGACACGCCAAACAAGCCACGUACACCUCCACACAGCGAAGCCACACCUCUUGGGGAGUUUUCCGAGAGCCCCCGGAUGCAUAUUCACAAUAUGUAUAGUUCAGCUGAUGGCCCAAGUGCGAUCAUAAAAGCACUGGCGAAAGGCCAUAGUGUGGCCGUACACUCGGGCUUCUCGCAGUCACCCGCCGCACGCACGCUGCUGAUGAUGUCUGAGCGAGCGCGACAGUUGGACGAGUCUCUGGAUCAAGUACCGCUAUUAGAAGAACUCGUCCUGCAAUUGGAGGAGGCGUCGGGGGAUGUACCGCUCCCGGAGGAAAUAGAUGAUCCAGCGGUGAAGGUUCCGAUUUCGGAAGAAAACGUACCGCUAUCGGAAAAAAACGUACCGUUAUUGGAUAGAAGGGGUGUGCAACGGAACACGGAGGUGCCACAAUCAGAGGAGAAGGGGACGAUUGACUACUUUGAGACGCAGGAUGAUUCGAUGGGUAACAUUCAGGGCAUUCAGCAAUACCCUGAACAUCCUCCGGCACAGGGACAGGGGGAACAUGUACACGCACAGGGGCAAAACGUAGAUGACGAGGACAACAAGGAGGAAAAUGUACUAGCCCAGGGAGACAAUGUAGAUGCCGAAAAAGGACAGGAGAGAAAUUUAGUAUCACCGAGAGAAAACGUAGACGUCGAAGAAACCCCUGAAAACAGUGCAGGAACAUUCGAAGCCGGUGAAGGCGAUGGCGUAGGGGACGAGGGAUGGGUAGGGGAUGGGUAUGUAUCUGAUAAGUCGGCGUACGCAGAGACGGUUGAUCUGGAUCUGGAUGUGCGUUCUGUUUCGUCGUUGAUGGACGAUGGCGAGAAGGACGAGGACGCACACAACGACGACCACGACCACGAUCAUGAUCACAAGCAGCGUGCGAGUGGCGGGUCUGUACCUGGGCUGGAGGAGGGUUCUAGCACAGGUACCGGACCGGGACCUGCCCUAAAUGAAAAGGACAGGGCCGCUGUAGUAUCGGACCGUGCGGAGGGCGAGGCUAGUGGUCCUGCCGGAGAAUCGGCUGGGCAAGCUCAGAAGGAGGACACAGGCACUGCUGAGGCGUCUGAGACUGCGACCAAUGCGGAGCCAAACACGAAUAAGCAAGGUGGGGUGGAGGUCCAGGGGGGGUUGACCAACGAACUACUGGACCAAAUUGUCUAUACCUAUGCCAAUAGACACUCCGCUGGCCUGUCUGGUGUCGAAGGUGCGGAAGAUACUGUCGAGAGUGGUAGAGAGAAGGGCCAUGCGGAGAUAAGGGCGGGGACGGCUACGACGGAUAGCGUAGCGAGCGCUGGGAACUCGAUAAUGUUAACAGGUGCACACCAUGAACGUGGGGGUGAAGUGGCGAGGAACACAGUACACAGAGCCGAGAGUGUAAGGGACAGAGGGUCCGCAAAGGAAGCACUGGGUGCCAGUAGUGGGAGAACGGAGGGGGAUGCAGCUACCAAUGGGAAUACAGAGAUGGUGACGGCAGCCAAUCAGAGGGCCGAGGGAGAAGAGUCUGUCUGUGACACCGCGGCUGAAUUGGUGUCGACCAAUGAGAUUGCAGAGAAACCUGCGUCUGCCAGCACUACGGCGUAUGGAACGGUGCCAUCUGAUGGGAACGGAGUCCAAGACAGUAGUGAUCUCACACAUACGACAGCACCCACCUACACCCACCCACAGACCCACGCACACGCACACGCACACGCACACGCAGACCCUGGGGUAGACCCCAAAACCUUGCAAAAAGACCCUGGGCACGCGUCCAGCCUCAGCACAGCGACAGACACACGCACGCACUCGUCUAUAGACGCCAUCAUAGCCGCCAACACCAACAAGCGGAGACGCAGAGGCACACGCCCUGUGUUACACGUGAGCGGCACUCUCGGUAGUGCAUUGGGCACCUCUGGUGCUGGGGGUUCUGCGGCAAGCGAGCAGGCGAACGACCCCGCAGGCCGUCCCGCAAUCAAUACCGGGACGUUACCCCUGGGCCGUAUCCCCAGCCCCACUGGAGGGCAUGCGACAAGCAAUGCCGCAGGUGAUAUAGCGGACCGUCCGGCGUUUCAUACUGAGGAAAGUACUAUCGAUAACCUCACCACCACCACCACAACUACAACCCACAGCCCGCCAGCGGCCACUUCGGGCGAUCCCCAGUCAUCUCAGGAGACGUACAGUGCAUGCGAGCUAUUGAACAGGCGCGUCACUCAGCUUCACAACGGCUCGGCUAAGAGGAAGCGCUCGAGCAUGGAGAGGCGAGUCGUGCCCCCCUUGGACGGGGCUAAUCCCAAACGGUUCCGUAUCUACAAAGUCGAGGUCUCCCAAGAGCACUACAUCCAACAAACGCGGCGAUGCUACAACCGCAGCGGAGAAGUGAUCCAGAGGAUAGAGAAGCGCAUUCCCAUCAAGGACGAGACCUCAUGCACCACCUACUACAAGCCGUUGUUCAGCGGAGAGGACUCGGACGACAACUCGUGGAUACACACGGUGGGUGAAUGUCACGGUCGCGGCCUGACACAGACACAGACACAGACACAGACACAGCAGCAGCAGCAGCAGAAGCAGAAGCAGAAACAUAGGCGCAAGGACCCUGCACCCCGCCGCCAGGGCUACAGCCACGGGCAGACCCACAACCAGGCGGACACGGGUGCAGAAACCCAAGACACGCAGGACAGCAACGAGAACGGGACAGCACCCCCACACGCAGACGAGGUGGCUGUGAGUGGGGCCAGGGACUUAGAGACGGGCGCACUCGGGCGUACGAGUACAGGCGAUGGGACGUGUGAGAGGCGGACUAGCGGGGGAGGGGUGAAGGGGACCAGCGGCCGUAAACCAGGUUUAAGCCCCGAUAAACCAAGUUUUACUGCAGACCCCGCGGGUGGCUGCAGUGUCGGCACCUCUCCGGUACCUGCUCCCGUGGAGGACAGUACAGUACUUCACAGUGUGAAGAAAAGGGGGAGAAGGAAAUCAACCAAUCAGAAUACGUCUAAAAAUAGUAACUCGGAGGCUGCGCAUGGCCGCCAGGAGGGCAUUCAGCUCUCCAGUACCAGAAAACCUAAAAAUAGAAUACGUCAUCUUGUCACGGACACUGACACCACACACGCCGCGUCGGGUGAGAGCAGGUCGCCCGCGGCGGUUUUGACAUCCAGCCAAUCAGAUGCGACGAUAAAAGAACUGCCGCCGCCACGAACCAAUCAGAAGAGGCGAAAAGGGCAGCAAACGCAACGCAAAGGCAACGUCAAAGUACCGCGGACCACAUCGACGGCUAGUGUACAGUCUGCCAGGAAGGCUAGGAGACCGGUAGGUGGAGGGUGGGAAGCGAUUGUGUUGGGGAAUGGAGAGCCACGCUUGAUCUCAGAGUAUCACGUUGCCUUGUACGAAGGUGAUGUGCCUGAGUGUAUCCUGGAGUACGAACCCGUGGCACUGGAGGACGUCAGGGGUGAUGGGUUAGAGACAGAGCUUCCGUCGCAUCCCUUUGACGGCAUGGGCUUCCUCAUAACCGGCGCCAAAAAGAUCCCUAAUAAGGCAAAAUUAGUCAGCGACCUAACCUCGCACGGGGGAACUAUCUACGAACGUAUUGAUGAGAUUAAGUCCAACACUCUCAGCUCUGUGUAUAUCAUUGCGGCAGAGGAGCUGCGUACCGUCACGUACAUGGCUGGGUUGGCGUUGGCUCUGCACUGUGUGCGCUAUGAUUGGGUCGAGGCGUGUGUAUCGGCCAACUACCUGCUGUCCACCAAAGACUACCGCCUGGCCACAGGCAAAGUCACCGUACCAGGCCAAGUAGCCAUACCCGUUGCCAACCGGAAAUACCGGGUAUUCGAGGGCAAAACGGUCUUAAUCAAGCUGAAAGAGAAGCUGGUUGAAGAUCAGUGGAAAGUUGUCUUGGUGGCGGCCGGGGCUAAGCUCAUCAAUCGCCCCAAUGAGAGCUGUGACUAUAUCAUUGGCAAUGAUCGGAAGAAGAAGCCAUUUUGUGCAAGAGGGCUUCCUGUGCGCCAUCUGGAUUGGGUGGUAGAGUGCUUUAUACUGGGGUAUCUUGUGGAAGAAUAUCUGCCGGAAACAUUUGAGUGUUGACCUGAUUCUGCUGGUCAAUUAGGGUUAUGCAUGGAAAUAUAUUCCAAAAUAAACACUACAGUG